GCGGAGUUGUAGGUGUGUGGCGUUCUGGCGGCCCGCCUGGCCCUCUCUGCGGGUCGCCUUCCCCCGACCUCCCAGAAAGAGCGCGCGCUGGAUGCGCUUUCUAGGCGUUUCCGGCAGGUCUGCCCCCUGUAAAGAACAUAUUAUUACUGAAUUUUCUGUCCUGUUAUCCUGUAUGAUGGUUAUUCUGAAAGCAGUGACGUUUAAGGAUGUGGCUGUGGACCUCACUCAGGAGGAAUGGCAGCAAAUGAAACCUGCUGAGAGAAACUUGUACCGGGAUGUGAUGCUGGAAAACUACAGCAACCUCGUCAUAGUGGGCUGUCAAGUCACCAAACCAGAUGUGAUCUUUAAGUUGGAGCAAGAAGAGGAGCCAUGGGUGGUAGAGAAGGAAGUGUUUGGAAGACACUGUUCAGAAGUUUGGGAAGUUGAUGAACAGAUCAAGAAACAUCAGGAAACGCUUGUGAGGAAAAUCACAUCUGUCUCCAAAAAAACUUUGAUUAAAGAAAACAUAAGUGAUUAUAAAAAUGCAACAAAAAUAUUUUCUUUGACCUCAGACAUUGUUACUUCAAAGAAAAAAUUCUAUGAGUGUGAAUCAUUUGAUAAAGAUUUGGAGCACAGUUUACACUUACAUAAUUAUGAAAAAGAAUAUGUAAAAGAGAAAGAUUAUGAAUGUAGUAAGUAUGGGAAGCCAUUUUAUCAUUAUUCAUCCUGUGUUGUGACCCCAUUUAAGUGUAAUCAUUGUGGACAAGACUUCAAUCAUAAAUUUGACCUCAUCAAACAUGAGAAUAUUCAUGCUGGAGAAAAACCCUAUGAAUGUAAGGAAUGUGGAAAAGCUUUCAGCAGGAAGGAAAAUCUUAUUACACAUCAAAAAAUUCACACUGGGGAAAAACCAUAUAAGUGUAAUGAAUGUGGAAAAGCUUUUAUUCAGAUGUCAAACCUUAUUAGACAUCAGAGAAUUCAUACAGGGGAAAAACCUUAUGCAUGUAAGGAUUGUUGGAAAGCCUUCAGUCAGAAAUCAAAUCUUAUAGAACAUGAGAGAAUUCAUACUGGAGAAAAGCCCUAUGAAUGUAAGGAAUGUGGAAAAUCCUUCAGCCAGAAACAAAAUCUUAUUGAGCAUGAGAAAAUUCACACCGGAGAGAAACCAUAUGCAUGUAAUGAAUGUGGUAGAGCUUUUUCCCGCAUGUCAUCGGUCACUCUACACAUGAGAAGUCACACAGGGGAGAAACCCUAUAAAUGUAAUAAAUGUGGAAAAGCAUUCUCUCAAUGCUCAGUAUUUAUUAUACAUAUGAGAAGUCAUACAGGUGAGAAACCCUAUGUGUGUAGUGAAUGUGGGAAAGCUUUCUCACAAAGUUCAUCCCUUACUGUACAUAUGAGAAAUCACACAGCUGAGAAACCCUAUGAAUGCAACGAGUGUGGAAAGGCCUUCAGCCGGAAAGAAAAUCUCAUUACACAUCAGAAAAUUCAUACUGGAGAGAAACCUUAUGAAUGUAAUGAUUGUGGAAAAGCUUUCAUUCAGAUGUCAAAUCUUAUCCGACACCAGAGAAUACAUACUGGUGAAAAACCCUAUGCAUGUACAGUGUGUGGGAAAGCCUUUAGCCAAAAAUCAAAUCUCACUGAACAUGAGAAAAUUCACACUGGAGAGAAACCCUAUCAUUGUAAUCAGUGUGGAAAGGCAUUCAGUCAAAGACAAAAUCUCCUUGAACAUGAAAAAAUUCAUACUGGAAAAAACCAUUUAAGUGUAAUGAAUGUGGUAAAGCCUUUUCUCGAAUCUCAUCCCUCACUCUUCAUAUAAGAAGUCAUACAGGGGAGAAACCCUAUGAAUGUAAUAAAUGUGGGAAAGCCUUUUCUCAGUGCUCUUUACUCAUUAUACACAUGAGAACCCACACCGGUGAGAAACCUUUUGAAUGUAAUGAAUGUGGGAAAGCGUUCUCUCA